AUGAAACCGUCUUGGCUGGGGUGGUCCCUCCUCUCACUGUUGGUAGCGCCUGCUUUGGGUACGCCUUCAGAUGCUUCCGACCAACAAUCUGGAAAUACACUUGUCAAAAGGGCGUCUCGUGGAGUGGAUACCGACAAACCCACAAUAUUCAAUGGUAUUGAAGUGCCCCCGUUGACCGAGCUGACCCCGGAGAAUUUCGAGGAAGUGACCAAAGAUGGUUACUGGAUGAUCAAACAUUAUUCCCCCUCUUGCCCGCAUUGCCGGAUCGCCGCCCCAUUGUACCAGACCCUGUAUGAGUACUACUACACAUCAAAUCCUUUAUUCCUCUCCGGAUUGAAACCCGAUGAGCUCGCGUCUCUGGACUCAUUCACUGGCUACUAUAAUCUCCAUUUCGGGUCCAUAAACUGCCAGGCCUUCGGCGAUUUCUGCAAGAAGCUGAACGUCGAAUUUUACCCCGCGUGGGCGUUCUAUGAUAUGGGCGUUCAGAACGAACCCCCCGCGCGUGCCAAGACGAUGUCAGAUAUUGCCGCUAUGAUUGAAGCCAAACUCGAGACAAUCAAGCCUGGGACCCGACCUUCGCAAGGCAUCCAAAUCCCAAAGGCCGGCGCUGAGAGCAUGGAAAUGACCGCUAAACCUGCAGUGGUAAAGCCUGGCGCUAAAACAGCUGUCGAGAAGCAGAGCAUCGAGACCGCGGAAUUGGAAGGCGUUAGCGCUGAGUCUGUCAAGGCCAAGCUCCAAGGACGGCCUGCUAACCCCCAGGGCGUUUCUAUCCCACUCACUGCGGAGAGUUUCCAAAGUCUUGUUACGACUACCCACGAUCCAUGGAUCAUCAAGUUUUACGUUCCUUGGUGCCAUCAUUGCCAAGCUCUGGCCCCGAACUGGAACUCGAUGGCCAAGGAGAUGAAGGAUACUCUCAAUGUUGGCGAAGUGAACUGCGAUCUUGAGAAGCGACUGUGCGAAGAUGCUCGCGUGAAUGCCUACCCGACGAUCUACUUCUUCCGUGGCGGCGAGAGAGUUGAAUAUACCGGUCUUCGUGGCUUGGGUGAUCUGAUCGCAUACACCAACAAAGCCGUCGGUGUGGGCUCGAGCAUUCAGGAUGUUGAUUCGACUACUUUUAAGAAGUUGGAAGAAACCGAAGAGGUUCUGUUCCUGUAUCUCUACGACCACGCGACCACAUCUGAAGAUUUCGAGGCCAUGAACCGCCUCACCCUUAGUCUUGUGGGACACGCUCGCAUUGUCAAGUCUGACAGUGCUCCUCUUUCCGAGCGGUUCAAGAUCUCUACCUGGCCUCGUCUUCUAGUCGUCCGUGACGGACGUCCCAACUACUAUAAUGCCCUUGCUCCUAAGGACAUGAGAGAUUUCCGUCAAAUCUUGUCGUGGAUGCAGACUGUGUGGCUGCCCAUCGUACCUGAGCUCACCGCAUCCAACGCCCAAGAAAUCAUGGACGGAAAGUUCGUGGUUCUCGGACUCCUCAGCCGCCGCCGAAGCGAUGACUUUAAGCAAUCCAAGCGCGAACUGAAGGAAGCCGCUCUUGAAUGGAUGGACAAGCAGGUUCAACUCUUCCGCCUUGAGCGGGCUGAACUUCGUGAUUCCAAGCAACUGCGCAUCGAAGAAGCCGACGACCGCAAUGAUCAGCGUGCACUACGGGCUGCGAAAAACAUGCGUAUUACGAUCCGCGAGGACGAUAAGAAGCAAGUCGCAUUUGCUUGGGUCGACGGCGACUUUUGGGAACGCUGGUUGCGCACAACCUACGGUAUCGAUGUGGAAACCAGUGACCGCGUUAUUAUCAAUGAUCAAGAUAACCGCCGCUACUGGGAUACUGCUUCAAGUGGAGCUCCUAUUAUGGCCUCACGGACCUCUAUUCUCGAGACUAUUCCUCUCGUCAUCGCUUCCCCUUCGAAGUUGUCACCCAAAUCUACCAUCGGCACUUUUGAGAGUAUCUUUUUCUUUGCUCGAUCCCUCCUCGGCAGUCAUCCCAUCCUCUUCUUCAUCAUCUUGGGUGCCGUGGUUGCUGUGGCUACCAUAUUCGGACGUGGACGUCUGAGACGUAGUGCUGCUCGCGGCGGUAUUAUUGGCAACACCGCCACCAACAACGGUGGCUUCUUCCACCUGGAUGGCAAAGAGGGGUUCCUGAAUGGAGGCUCGACCGACAAAGUCGACUAA